AUGGCCGGCGGCGCACGCAACUGGACGCGCGCCUUUGUUGGCGGCUCGAUCAUCAUUGGUAUUGGAUAUGCGCUGCUGAAGUACAACACCCCUUCCGAGCAGGAGCUGUACAACUCGCUCUCGCCCGAUCUCAAGCGCGAAGUCGACCAGAGGCGGAGGCAGCUUGCUGACGCAAAGCGCAGCGAGGUCCUCAAGCAGCAGCACAAGGAGAUUGCCGCGCAGCAGGACACGGCCAAGCCCAACUGGUCCAAGUAG